AUGUCCUGCUACGACCUGUACCCCUCCGCUGCCUGCGGCGCCCUCCGGCCCCAGCCCCUGGCUGACAGCGGGAACGAGCCGUGCGUCCGCCAGUGCCCCGACUCCACCACCGUGAUCCAGCCUCCCGCCGUGGUGGUCACCUUCCCCGGGCCCAUCCUCAGCUCCUUCCCGCAGGAUUCCGUGGUGGGAUCUGCUGGAGCUCCCGUCCUCGCCGCCUCUGGCACCUCCCUGGGCUAUGGGGGUUAUGGAUCCCUGGGCUAUGGGGGUCUCUAUGGAUAUGGGGGUUACGGCUCUCUGGGCUAUGGGGGUCUGUAUGGAUAUGGGGGUUAUGGAUCCCUGGGCUAUGGGGGUCUGUGGGGCUAUGGGGGUCUGGGGUCCUGUGGGGGCUACCGGGGUCUGUAUGGCUCUGGCAGACUCUUUGGCUCUGGCUAUUGCAGCCCCUACUCCUCCUGGUACGGCCGCUAUGGUCGUGGCUACUGGGGCUCCUGCUAA